AUGGCGGUGAGGACAGUGGUGGAUUUGGCAUGCAUGGUGCUGUUACUACGGUUGAGUAAAGCGGCGGUGUACAAAGUCGGCGACUCAGCCAGCUGGACAACCAUAGCCAACGUAGACUAUAAGCUAUGGGCCUCAACCAAAACUUUCCACAUUGGUGAUACUGUCUUGUUUGAAUACAACCUACAAUUUCACAACGUGAUGAGAGUGACGCAUGCAAUGUUUAAAAACUGCAGCAACUCAAACCCAAUCUCCACCUUCACCACGGGUAAUGACUCAGUCACACUCUCCAAUUACGGCCACCAUUUCUUCUUCUGCGGCGCUCCCGGCCAUUGCAUGGCCGGCCAAAAGCUCGACCUCAACGUCAUUUACCCUGUCUCCUCCACCACAUUCUCUAAUCCACCUAUUACCUCCUCCUCUCCUCCUCCGUCAACUACUACUGUAUGA